AGUUUCAAAAUUUUAGUUUUUUUUAAAGGAAUGGCCGAUAGUGUUUUUUCGCGGAGAUGUAAGAUCUAAAACUCAAAUUAAUUGAAAGUUGUGAAGUGAAAAUAGUUCCAAAAUAAUUUCGUGUGAUUAUUCUGAUGGAUAUUAGUGUAUUCAAUUCGUGAAAAAUACGACAAAAUAUUAGAGUUCACCACACACAGGGGUGCCCUGGUAAACAGUUGUUGAUACUCCGCAUAGUUGCUCGUUAGAACGAAAUUCCACACAAUGAAUUCAGUUCAGCACUAAUAACAUGACCGAAUUGACGAAAGUGUAGCACUGCAACUGAUAUUUAAGUUAAUGAUUGAAAAAGCGCCUGGCAAUGAUUAAAAUGAAAGACAGAAUGUCCGAAAGGCUGUACGACAUAGUUAAAUGUGGAUCUAUGACAAAAAGAUCACAGAAUAAGAAACGUUUCACGCCGGUCAAUUACAAACUACGAUGGUUCGAAUUGACGAAACAUUUCUUGUCUUAUUUUGAUAUUGAAAAUGUGGAGAAACGAAGAGAACGUGGCCGAAUAUCUAUCAAAGGUGUCCGAUUAGUUGAACCAGCUGUUCUUAAUAGUGAUGGUGGCGAUAGUUCAGCACCAGAUGGAUUUUCGUUUCAAAUAGGAUAUUGUGAAUCAGAUGAUCAGUUAACUGGAAGGUCAUUGCCACAAUAUACUUUGUAUCUAGUAGCAGCUAAUGAAAAGGAACGAUCUGAAUGGAUAGCUGCUAUAAGAGCUGUUUGUGAGGAGAAGAACACACCAAAAUUCUAUCGGUAUCAUCCAGGACUUUGGCUGGGAAAAAAAUGGUCUUGUUGCAAAAGUGGAAAGAGGAUAGCAUUUGGUUGUCAGGCAGCUACUCAUUGGUCUGAAACGAAUAAUAAUCCAAGUACCGGAAGUUCCCCCGCCCAAAAUUCAACACGAAGCACCAGUCCGAAUUCGAAUACAAAUUCCACAGUAUUAAAUAGCUCUGGGAGUUUAGGGAAUACAACGCCUACAUCAUCGACAGCACAACAGCAGUCUUUGGUAUCGACGUUCAAAUCGUCGAUUACAAACGGAAGUACUGGCAUCACAAAUACUGAUACAACAAUGCCGGGCGGCACAGCAACGCCGGGUACUCCUACUACUAAGUCAAAAGAUGUUAAAAUAGUCGUUGCUUUAUAUCCGUUUAAGGCUAUUGAAGGUGGCGAUUUGUCAUUAGAAAAGAAUGCUGAGUAUGAAGUCAUUGAUGAUUCACAGGAGCAUUGGUGGAAAGUCAAAGAUCAGCAUGGAACAAUUGGUUACAUUCCUAGUAACUAUGUGAAAGCAAAAGAAUUUCUGGGAUUAGAUAGAUAUGAAUGGUAUGUUGGUGAUAUGUCACGACAACGUGCCGAGUCACUUCUAAAACAAGGCGACAAAGAAGGAUGUUUCGUCGUUAGGAAAUCUUCUACUAAAGGUCUUUACACGCUAUCGCUUCAUACCAAAGUACCACAAUCCCACGUCAAACAUUACCACAUAAAACAAAACCAUCGAUCCGAAUAUUAUUUAUCCGAAAAACAUUGCUGUGAAACAAUACCCGAUUUAAUCAAUUAUCAUCGUCAUAAUUCCGGCGGUCUGGCCUGCCGAUUGAAAUCGUCACCGUGCGAUCGGCCCGUACCACCAACGGCCGGUCUAUCGCACGAUAAAUGGGAAAUACAUCCGUCUGAGCUGAUGCUUCUCGAGGAAUUGGGUUCGGGCCAAUUUGGCGUUGUUCGUCGCGGUAAAUGGCGUGGAUCGAUCGACACGGCGGUGAAAAUGAUGAAAGGCGGAACAAUGUCUGAGGACGAUUUCAUCGAAGAAGCGAAAGUCAUGACGAAAUUGCAGCAUCAGAAUUUGGUUCAGUUGUAUGGAGUCUGUUCAAAGCAUCGUCCAAUUUAUAUAGUUACUGAAUACAUGAAACAUGGAUCUCUUUUAAAUUAUUUGCGAAGGCACGAAACGUCCUUAAUUGGAAACAUGGGAUUGUUACUUGAUAUGUGCAUACAGGUAUGCAAAGGAAUGUCAUAUCUCGAACGACACAACUACAUUCAUCGAGAUCUAGCGGCGCGUAAUUGUCUGGUUGGAUCGGAAAAUGUGGUCAAAGUAGCCGAUUUCGGUUUAGCUAGGUAUGUACUUGACGAUCAGUACACUUCGUCUGGCGGCACCAAAUUUCCUAUUAAAUGGGCACCACCCGAAGUACUGAAUUACACGCGAUUCUCAUCGAAAAGUGACGUAUGGGCAUACGGUGUUCUAAUGUGGGAGGUGUUCACUUGUGGUAAAAUGCCUUAUGGUCGCCUAAAGAACACUGAAGUUGUGGAACGAGUUCAGCGAGGCAUUAUUUUAGAACGGCCUAAAGCUUGUGCCAAGGAAAUUUACGAUGUGAUGAAGGAGUGUUGGGCGCAUGGACCCGAAGAUCGGCCGGGUUUUCGAAUAUUGAAGGAUCAACUAGCGCUGGUUGCCCAAGGAUUAACUGACUAAAUAUUCCGUUUCUUACAUUCCAACAAAUUUCCAAACUUAAAUUUAGAAUUUUUUUUAUCAAAAAAUCACACAGCAUAUACGACACACACAUACACAUCCACACAUCUCCUUAUCAUCAAUGUAAUACGAUUGAAAAGAAUUGAAAUAAUUUUUAAUGAAAUUUACUAAUUGAAAAGAAUUGACUUAUAGGUAUCGUGAGCUUGUUGUUUUUGUUUGUAAAAAGCAUUAGAAUUUCGCUUACAUUUCGUUUUCUUUCCAUAUACGUUGCAAGACGUAGUGGACGCUAAGAAGCGCAUUUAUGAUUUGAAUAAUCGAGUUUUUUGUAGAUGUUUUACCCAAAAGCGCCGCUCAUAAAGUUGUCAUUAGUAGACGAAUGCGAAUAAUAAAGUUUAUUCAGAGUUCAACAUUUAACCUCAGACAAUACAUGGGGCAGUGGUAACUGUUGCAAAAAUCUGGUUUUAUCCGAACUCCGAUGCUUUCCGAGGAGGAAAAUCGAGUUCUUCUUCAAUAAUCAAUUCAGAAAGGGAAACGAUUAAGGACAGACAGCAAUAAAUCAACGGAAAAUUCAGGAAGAGCAAGCAUUACUUGUUUGGAUUUUUCUUUUUAUUUUGUUUCAACAGAUACAGAACGAAGAUUUGACCGUGAUGAUUACCCCACACAUAUCUAGUCACAUGUGAGGUCACAUGUUCCAAAUGACGAAUGAACUGUAAAAGUAAAGUUUCUACAGGAAGCCAGGCCCAUCAUGACACGUUAAAAAUUGCAAUCUGACUUGUCUGCCCGACAGACCGCUAAAUUGAAAAUUCGACCUUGAAAUUCCAUACUGGAUUUGGCGCCAUUAUUUUGACUAAAACUCAGAAUAGGUCUACUGCUGUCAAAAGACUACAUGACCUGAAGAAACCUGACCUAAGCCUGAAUUUGUGAAACAUGUUAGGUCAGACUUCAGGUGUACCUAGAAAUGUUCAUAAAUACAACCUGGACAACCUGACCAGACAGGUGCAGCCUGACAGCCUGAAACAGUUCAGAUCGGUUUUCAGGUAAAUUCAGGUUGACCUAAAAUGUUCCGAGCAGGAUUUUGACUCUGUACGAUGACGGCUGUAAUGUAUACGCUAGACGUACCCUUGUAGGAUAACGUAAUGUCGCUCAAGCCCCUCAAUAUGAUUUCCAAUUUUUAUUUCACAACAGUAACACUGCUCCAAUCUAACAAAGAAUGUGUACGUACUAACAUUAUGACCGACAAACAAAAAUCUAAAAGGAACUAAUGGAAGAAGUUAAAUAGAGUUAUUGCUUAGCAGUAUAGUGUCGUUUUCAGUCUUUUUCAGUUUUAUGGAAAAGUGCCUGAAUGAAAUUUUGCGAUUUUUUUUUUCGAUUUCCAUCCAUUGAAGAAUGGGAAAUUUGAGAGUUCAAAACAAUUUCCCACACAAAAGAAUAACAAAUCUCUUUGAAGAAAAUUUUAAUUGAGAAUUGAGUCAGUGAUGUUUUUAUCAAUUAAAAAGAAGAAGAAGAAUUUAAGUUCUCGUUUUAAGUAAAGCUACUGAUUAGUGUUUUUCGUUUGAUUUUAUUUUUUGUUUUUCGUUUUUUCGGGAGGGAAUUUUUUUAUUUGAAAUAUGAAAAUUAAUAAUCUCAUUCGUUUUGUAUUAAACAAAUAAUAGAAAUAUAAGGAAAAUGGCCAAUUUUUCUAGACUAAAAAAGACAAUUUGAAUUAUCUCUAUACAUACAAAUACAAUCCGUAAUUAAACUAAACAACAAAAUAACAAAUUUAAAAAAUAAAAAAUUAUUAAAACAACAAAACAUUACACCUAGAGCCUGUGUGCACAUGUGUCCGUCAUUAGGUCUCAUUUUCAUACCUAUGCCCUAUUAUUAUCACUAGCUGACACGUAAGUCAUUUGUUCCACAUUUCUUGGUUUUGAGAAUUUAAAGGUGCGAAACUGUGGCCCCAUGUGGGACUGAUAUUCACACAGGUUCUCGGUCAAACACAUGAAACGCAUCCAAUAACAUCCGAAUCAAUUUACUAGGAAAUCAUACACACUGCUAAAAUACAAAAGCCAUUAUGUAUACAUUAAACAAUUUAUGAAAAGACAUUUUAUAGAAUUAUUAUUAUACACAAAAUAGAAACAUAAAAGAAGAAGUAAAAAAGACAAACAUGAAAAUAGAGCACUCGAAAUAUCUCAUCAUACUACAGGAUAUGAUUUUUGAAAAAUUUUCCGAUUGAUACAAACGGUUUUUCUAUGUAAAUAAUGAAUCUGAAUAAGCAAGAUGAAAUAAAUAAUAAAAUAAAAUAAAAUACGAAGGAAAGAGAAACAUGAAAAUGAACAACAACAUUUGAUUACCGUCUUAUACAUUUAUAAUAAUACAAAAAAUAUACAAAAAAAUAUACAUGAAAUAAAUGUGUAUAUGAAAAGUAAUA